AUGUUUAGACUUGCUUCACCUUCUAAUUUCAUUAAGAAAUUCGAUACUUUGCGUUUUACGAAACAAGCCAUCCAGUCCCAGUCUAAGAGAUUUGUCUCUUACAACAAGGCCAAUUCUAACUACACAAAUUUCGCAAGAGUUAGAACAGCAACCAGAGAAACUCCAAACAUGGCUUUGACUUUCUUGGGUGUCCUUGGUGUUUCUUCCCUAUAUCUUGCAGCCCAUAAGCCAAUUCUGAAUGAGACGGGCUUUGCUAAUGGACCUGUUUUGAUUGAUACCAAGAAGGGUGCAGUUAAUCUCGACCAAGAAAUAAAGCAAUCACAGUACGAUGGUGCCUUUGAUGGUAAAUUGAACUACCGUCAAGUAGCUAUUGGUUCUAUUGCAGGUUUAGUCCUUGGUUAUGCACUUUCGAGAUUAAGCUCCAUUUUAUUUGUUGUAUCAAUUGGUUUGUACUGCCUCAAUGUUUAUCUUCGUAGACAAGGAAUCGUGGCGGUCGAUACAAAGAAAGUUUUCAAAGGAGCGGUAGACAGCGUCUCAUGGGAUGAGCUGGUUUUUGAAAAGGCCAGCUUUAGUGUCCCAUUUGUCUUGAGUUUCUUUACUGCUGCUUCCUUAUAA